AUGAUGUCGAUGGGAGGAAGAACUGCCAAUUUAAUCAUAGAUAAUUCAAAACAUUUAAAAUUAUCUGAAUCCAAUACCACCAACAACAAAAACAAAGACAGUAUCGCAAGAACUGUACUUCAUGAUACCCAAAUGUUACCAACUGCUGUAGAUGUAUCCUCAUCGUCGUCAUCUUCAACAAUAACAGCCCCAACUGCAAAUACACUUGCAAAUACAUCAAUAAAUUCAGAAAGCCCAACUGAUCACAUCGAAUUAGUGAAUGUAGGUGGUAAAACGUUUAGUAAAACUUCAACUGGUAAAAGAAAAUUCCAUAAAAAAUCAAAAAAUGGUUGUGACAAUUGUAAGAGAAGAAGGGUUAAGUGUGAUGAGUCAAAACCGAUCUGUCAAAAAUGUAUUAAUAUGAAACUAAACUGUGUAUAUACUCCUGUCCAACCAAGGAAGAAAAAAAAUCCUCUAAAGAAUAUUAAUAAUAGUAACAACAAUACAAAUUUAUUAAAUGAUAAAAAUUCAAUUGGAAAAAUCAAUAAUAAUAAUAAUAAUAAUAAUAAUAACAAUAAUAAUAAUGCUAAUAGAAUCCAGAAGCCAAAGGAAUUAAGCAAAAAUAAUAUUGAUAUAUCAGCGAUUAAUAGAUUGAAAAUGGAAAAUAAUAUAAAAUUAAAUGGUUUAUCCAAUGAUAAAUUAAUAACCACUACAAAAGAUGGAAUCAUUCGAAGUAAUAAUGUUCCAAAUAAUGCAUCAGAUCAAAUUAAUAUUCAACAACAACAACAAAAUCAAAAUUCAAAUAUAAACAUAAAUGGAGUUACCCAAACUCAGCAAAAGCAAAUGCUAUUACUACCUCAAUUUAUGACAUUAUCAGCAUCAGGUUCUUACUCUGGCUUAAUUCCAGCAUUGUCUUCAACUUCUAUAGCUUUAUCAGCUAGCCAAGAAAAAGCUUUUACACCUUUUAUAGAUCUUCCAAAUCCUGCAUCACCACAACUUCAAUCUACAGGAAUGAGUAUCACUAAUAGUUUCAGUAGCAUCUUCUCGCCUGGGAGAAUUCCAAAUCCAUUGGGUCAACAAACUACCGCUGCUAACGGUACUAGUAACUUAAAUCAAUCAAUUACAAACCCCCAGAAUCAAACUCAAACUCAAAAUCAAAAUGUAAAUACCCCUUCACUUCUAAACCCAGAUAGUUUCACUCAACUGAGUAAAGCAAAAAGUUUCAUGGGUGUAGGUAUGGGACAAACUAUGAGUAAUAGCCUAAGUUUAGGUGCUAGUAUGAAUAUGGGCGUCUUUUCACCUGCUGGUGUAGGAGGUGUUAAUUAUGAUUAUCAAGAGCUUUUGGGUUUGAAGAUUCAACCAAACCAAGCUAAUUCUGUAGGCACCCCAGUAACAAAGGUUAAAACUAGGGAAGAGGCAUUGGCUAAUAUGCAACAGCAACAUUCAGAACUAGUUAUGAAAAAGAAAAAUAGUGAAAAUAGUUCUACCAGUAAUAACAGUCAUCAUAGUAAUAACAGCAACUUCUCUAAUGCAUUAAAAACCGUCGAAAGGCAAGGAGACAAAAUGAAUCCAGUCAUUAGACAAACUGUUGAAGUUAGAAAUGAAAUGCCAGUGAAGAAUAACUUAACAAGCACUUCGAUUCCAUUGACCCCAAUGACAAAAAUUGGUACAAAUACCAUGACUAGAACAUUUUCAGCAGAUAAUAACGGAAGUGUGCUAUUGCGUCCUUCUACAUCGAUAAAUAGUAUUUCUCAAAUUUUUGGCUCUUCAAAUUCAUUACCUCUCCUUCCGACUGCUUCUUUGAAUCAAUCAAACAAUUUAUCCAUAUCCAACUUGAAGGUAUCAUCGAUGUAUCAACCUCCACCAAUAUCACAACCGAAGGUGGAUAAUUCCUCUCCCAAAGACGGUGAUACGAAAGUUUCGAAAUGGGUUUAUUUAUCUCAACAAGGGAACUUAAAUGUGGUUGAUUUGAAGUUAUUCCAUCAUUAUUGUACAGAGGUCUGGCCAACAAUUAUCGAAUCAGGAAUUUCGGGACAAAACGUCUGGAGUGUUGAUAUUCCUGCUUUAGCUCUUGAAUAUCCAUUUCUAAUGCAUUCGCUAUUAGCAUUCAGUGCAACUCAUCUUUCUCGUACUGAAACAGGAUUGGAACAUUACGUUUCCUCGCAUAGAAUAGAUGCAUUGAGACUUUUAAGAGAAGCUGUUCUGCAAAUAUCAGAGGCUAAUAAAGAUGCUCUAGUUGCAAGUUCUAUAAUAUUAAUUAUGGAUUCUUUGGCAAAUGCAUCUAAUAGUACUCCUAAUACAUCAAAUACCCUUUCACCUUCAGCUUGGAUUUUCCAUGUAAAAGGUGCUGCUACUAUUUUAACUGCAGUUUGGCCAUUAAGCGAAAAGUCUAGAUUUUACGAUCUAUUAUCGAUGGAUUUAAGUGGGCUUGGCGGUCUUAUUAAUCAAGAUAGUGAUACGAUAUCUGAGUUGAUUUGCUUUGAUGAAAGUAUUGCUGAUAUGUAUCCUUUAGAGGUUGAUUCGCCUUAUUUGAUUACAUUAGCUUACUUAGAUAAGCUGAACCGUAAUAAGGAUCAAACAGAUUUUAUUUUACGUGUUUUUGCAUUCCCAGCUUUAUUAGACAAAACUUUCUUGGCCUUAUUAAUGACAGGUGACUUAGGUGCGAUGAGAAUCAUGAGAAGUUAUUAUAAGUUAUUGAGAGGUUUUACAACUGAAGUAAAGAAUAAAGUAUGGUUUUUAGAAGGUAUCUCACAAGUUUUGCCGCAAGACGUUGAUGAGUAUAGUGGUGGCGGUAUGCAUAUGAUGUUAGAUUUCUUAGGUCGUGGAUUACCAUCCAUGACUACUACUAAUCUAACUGAAUUUUUGUAA